AUUCCUGGUCACAUCUCUAAACAAAAUCACGGCGUCAUACACAGAUCGGAUCUGAGCUGUUGUUCUUGGUUGAGCGGCGCUCACGGCGUACGUCAUGACGGCGUCGACCCAGCGAACCACACCAACAUCUCAGGUUAAAUCCUUUCUCCCAAUCUCCACUGCUUAGAUGUGCAGCUCUCAAAUCCCAAUCGCCCCGUUCCCAAUCUCCUACUAGAACUAAAUCGCCAACGGCAUGGCCCCUUUACAAUCCAUGCUCGACAUGCUGUCGUCGAUGCCGUCCAUUGCCUCGGCCACGGCGAGCAUAUCUAUGGCGGCCGCGACCACGACCAGGCUUGCCAAUACCUCGUCGAUCCCGCGAUCUAUCAUGUGGUCUGCUUUUGAUUACUCUAUAAUAGCAUCAGUAGACUUCUGUUUGUUAAUGCGCUCAAUGCUGUGCAGAAGCUGUAGUCACUCUGAUCGUGCCAAGCAUAGUAAAUGUGGCAACGAUGAAUUCUACGGAGCAUGUUGCUGUAAGGAAAAGCUCUAUUGUCUUCACAAGGAUUGAAAGUAUAACAUCAUACAUACACAAACGUGGACAACCCAGAUUGGAACCAAAGAAAUAGCGGAGAGGGUACAAGUAAUGGG